GAAAGGACAAGGCUUUGAAAUACUUGGCCUGUUCUUGGCUCCUCCUCACUUUUGUUGCUGUCUUUUUUUGUCAGAGCAAAGUUCUACACUCAAAGAGCACUACACAUUAGGAAAUCAAAUCCUCCUAGGAAGUCAAUCGUGUAGAGCUAAGCAAGUGAAGAAAAUGUCACUGUCAUAUGUGAAAACAUCUGAACAAGUCACAAUAACUGUAAAGCCUACAUCAACUGAAAAUGCCUGUCCCCUAAUUUGCCAGCUGUGCUAUUCACUGUGCUGCAGUUCAUUCUGCCAUGUUUCAAAAGCAUUUGAGAAAAUAAUUAGUGGAAACUUGAGUACCUUUGGGGCAAUACAAAUAAUGGUUGGAAUGGUGAACAUUGCCUUUGGGUUAAUUCUUAGAAAUCAAACCCCAUGGCUUGAUACGCCACAUUGGGCUGGCUCUGUGUUUAUUGUUGUUGGAUGUUUCUGCUUCUUGGCUGACAAAUUCCACAGUCCCUGCAUGGUUUUGCUAUGUUUAAUCAAGAACAUCAUAUGUACUGGCUGUGCUGUUGCUAACAUAGUUUUAUUGUCCAUUGAAUUACCUCGUAAACCCUACUUUUACUGCACAACAAAAGAUGAAUAUUCAAGAUGGCCAUACAGGAAAUUUGAUAAUUAUACCUUUGAAGUGUGUCAAAAUCUUUACCACAGUUUAAAUGAUUCUUUACUUGGAAUAAAGAUACUCUAUAUAGCUUUUGGAACUCUUCAUCUCUGCAUUACCAUCAGUAUUGUAGUUCUAACCAUAAAGGCUCUGUGUAUAUAUAGAAGCUGUAAUAAGCCUACGUUGGAUGAUGAAGAUGAAGUAAUUACACCCCUCCCAAAUGUUAAGGGAAACUAAGGGUCUGAGCUCUGAAGUAUUUCUUGGAUUUAUGACAUUCAUCUGAAAGGAUGUAAUUGGAAAAUAUGUUUUUUUCUUUUUUGUAAAGUAUAAAUAUACACCUUUGUAUGAAAUCUUCAGUUAUUUGCAAUCUGUCACAAAGAAUCAGAUUCAUUCUGCGAAACAAAAUAGACUGACAUGUUUCUUGAGAAAGUGGUUUUAUUUUGGCAAGUUUUGAACCCAGAACUUAAGUUUAGGAAUACUAGUACCUUGCAACAAAAAAAAAAAACCAAAAUGACACGUUUCAGUGGUGAUAAUGCAAUUAGAAAGGUUUUCCUAAUAACCAAUUAGCUUUUACACUAGAAUAAUUAAGGAUAAGCUAAGGGAAUUGACCAUUAGGACACCAAGGUAUUGCUGCUGAAAAAUGGGGCUUUCUAGCCAUAUGUAAAUAAUAAAUUAAAAAUCAGUCAUUUCAAGCAGUUGUAGCCAUUAUAAACAUUAGUAGUGCCUUAGAUAUAUUUUUACAUUAACUUAAUGGUAUCUUGAUAAAGAAAACCAAAAUCAAAAACGUGAAGAUUUCUGGGUGAUCCCAAACUUUAGACAGGUAGUGUAUAGUAAACACCAGAUUUAAUAUACAGUAUCAUUUGUUAAUGGAUUUUAGAUUUGGCAGGCACUAACUGGUACUGUAAUAUUUUUCUAGACAUAAAGCAUCACGUUCUUUUUUUGUUUAGAAUUCAACAAAAUGUAAAUGUGCCACUGCCAUAACUGCUGAACACAUACUUUUUCACUGAGGUUAUAUUAGAUGGACACACACAAAUCAUAUCCAUUUGUUACUUCUGGUUUCCUUGCUCUAUCAGUACACUGUGAUACAUAUCACAGCAUGUGUUGUCAUGUAUCCUCAAUGUUUAGUAUGCUUUAUAUACAUUCUGUCUGUUAUUUUUAGAAUAAUGACCUGAGAGGGUGCUUGAACGUAGUACCACAUUAGCUCUCUUGUAUAGGAAGUGAUUUGUGGACUUUGCCUAGAGGUAAUCUAGUAAUAAGUUUUAAAGGUCAGUUGUUGUAGGCGUGUAAACAAGUCACGUGUUUAGAUGGGAGUGAAGGCUCACUGACAGAAAGAAAAAGAGGCUAGGGGCUGAGAGAGAUGGAAGGUGGUGAGAAGUGUUUUUGUGUUGCAUUGUUACUAAUGGCAAAUACACUACACUGUCUUUAGUUCUUACUUUUAUGUGACCCCUCCAUAUAUCCAUCUAUCCAUCCAUCAAUGUUCUGAAACUAACUUAUUCAAUUUCAGGGCUGAUGGAAGCAAACUUUAUUCUAGAAACAAUGGGUGCAAGGCAGGAACCAAUGCUGGACAGGGCACCAGUACAUUGUAGGGCACACUUAUGCUUACACUCACACAAGGAAAGUUUAGAGUCACCAGUUAACUUAAUUAAACAAAGGAGUACCUUGGAAAGUCCCAGGCAGAUGAGGAAAACAUGCAAAAGCUACUCAGAUAAUUAACAAGCCAGGAUUCAACUUACUUUACUUCAACUAUAAGUCAGCAAGGGAACCUCUGCCCAACAUUAAAUUAAUCAGAAGGUCAAGCAUUACAAUUAAAUGCUAAGUAACAUGUUCUUUCCACCAGCAGAUAUCACAAUGCAUUAUGCCAGCCUCAGUUUGCCUUUCCCAUUCAGUCGUUUAACAUUUUUACCAUUCAGACUUGCCAUUUAUAUUACACCAUUAGUGUUAUGAAAAUGUUGUUAGAUGAAAAUUGUUAUGAUUAUUUUCUACCUAUUAGUAUUAAUUAUGUAUUGUGUGUAAUAUCUAUCAAUUUCCCAUUAUUACCUAUUGUCACUAUGUUGGUGGUGUUUAUCCUGAAACAAUUUAAAAAUGAGUACAAUACUUUAUGUAUUGUAAAUAAGUCAUCAUAUGGUGAAUAUCUACUUUAUGAUAAGGUUUACAAGUCUAUAUACCUGCAAUGAAUUCCUAAAUGUUGCAUUUGUUCUUGACAGAUGUGAUAAGUGAUUAAACAUGAUUUUAUUUUCUGUUAA